AUGGUAUUUUGGAAUAUAGCAGGAAUAUGGAGACAAGAUGAGGAAUUUUGGAAAUUUAUAGGGAGGAUGGACUAUAUAUGUUUAAUAGAGACAUGGGUAGAAGAGAAAGGUUGGGAAAAAAUUAGAAAGAAAUUACCAGGGACUCACAGGUGGGGAUGCAGUUUCGCGAUCAGGGAAAAGAAAAAAGGUAGGGCAAGGGGUGGCUUUAUUAUCGGUGUAAGUAAAGAUUGGGGUGAAGAACAGCUAAAGAUAAAUAGUGAAGAGAUGGAGGGGUUGAUAGUUACAAAGGUUAAAAAUAGUGAUGAUAAAUUAAAAUUUAUAAUAAUUGGAAUAUAUGCAACUAGGAAUUGGUUGGAUUUGAGAAAUAAAAUUGAAAGUAUUACAGAGGAAAAUAAGGAAGAGUAUAUAAUAAUAGGAGGAGAUUUUAACGCUAGAAUAGGUGAAGAAGGAGGAAAUGAUGAAGAAGGUUGGGGGGUGACACGUAGGAGUAAAGAUAAAGUAGUAAACAACAGAGGGAGAGAUUUCUUAGACUUAGUAGGUGAAAUUGGAGGAAAUAUCAUAAAUGGGACAACAAAGGGAGAUAAAUUAGGAGAAUACACAUACGUAGGGGAAAGGGGAAGCUCAGUUAUAGAUUAUGUAGUAGUAAGUGAAAACUGUAGAGAUAUUGUAAACGAUCUCGUGAUCGUAGGCCGACCGGACUCAGAUCACAUGCCCCUGGUCUUGGAAAUGAAGAACAAUAUAGGAAGAAAGAAAAAGAAGGAUAUGAAGAAAGAAGAGGAAGGAGAAAUAUAUAGAUGGAGAGAAGAGGAUAUAGUGGAAUAUAAAGAAAGGACGGAGGAAAAAGAGGAGGAAGAGGAGGUAAUAACAGAGGAAUCUAUAGAGGAUAAAUGGAAGGUCUUAAAGGAAUUAGUACUUAAGUCAAUGGUAAAAGUAAAAACAAAAGGAGGAGCGAGAAAGAAACUAGGCUUCAAAGAAUGGUGGAACAGGAGUUGCACAAGAAGAAAAAGGUUGGUCCACAGAGUUUAUGAUAAUUGGAGGAAAGGAAAAUUAAGCAGAGAAAGAUACAUAGAAGAGAGAAGAAAAUUCAGGGAACAUUUAGAAGAAAGGAAGAGACUAUGGAAAGAGAAGGAAGAGGAGGAGUUGAGUGAUCUAAAGAACGAGGCACAAGUAUGGAAAGUAAUAAACAGAAAAAGAGGUAGAGGAAACUGGGUCGAUAAUGAGAUCAGCAAGGUGGAGUGGACCAAUCACUUUACCAAGCUGAUAGGAGGUGAGAACGAAGAAUCAGAGACUGAACAGGAAGAUAGAAGAGGUGUAGAAAGAAGACAACCAGGGGAUCAAGUAACAAGAGAUAUGGACGACCUGAGUGAAGCGGAAAUAAUAGAGGCUUUAAGGAGACUGAAGAAAGGCAAAGCAGCAGGAAUUGACAGAAUACCGAUGGAAGCCUGGAAAUUCGGUGGUUCUAGAGUCAAGAAAAGAUUGGUAAAUCUGUUGAAGGAAAUUUGGCAAAAGAAGGAAAUACCGGAGGACUGGAAGAUGAGUGUCAUUGUCACGCUGCAUAAGAAAGGAGACACGGAGAAGGUAGAGAACUAUAGAGGAAUAGCUUGUUAUGCUCGGCUUAUAAGGUAUAUGCAGAAAUUUUAA